AUCCAAAUAGCCUGCAUCACAUUCUCCAUAAUCAAGCACGACCCGAAGAUCAAAGCUGCUCUCAUUUACCUUCUCCAUUCUCCAGUAAACGAAGAGUAAAUGGCUCGCACCAAGCAGACUGCUAGGAAGUCCACAGGAGGUAAGGCUCCCCGGAAGCAGCUGGCAACGAAGGCAGCUCGUAAGUCAGCACCAGCCACCGGAGGUGUGAAGAAGCCUCACCGUUUCAGGCCUGGAACUGUCGCCCUGAGAGAGAUCAGGAAGUAUCAGAAGAGCACCGAACUUUUGAUCCGCAAGCUCCCAUUCCAGAGGCUUGUGAGGGAAAUUGCUCAGGAUUUCAAAACGGAUCUCAGGUUCCAGAGCAGUGCUGUUGCAGCUCUUCAAGAGGCAGCAGAGGCUUACCUUGUUGGGCUCUUUGAGGAUACCAAUCUCUGUGCUAUUCACGCUAAGAGAGUGACUAUUAUGCCCAAAGAUAUUCAAUUGGCCCGUAGAAUUAGGGGUGAAAGGGCCUAAAAUUGUUGUUUAUAUGUUUGGUAGAUCUGUGCUUAUAUCUAGAUUAAUUUGUUUCGUGUUAGAUCCGUUUAUUUCUGUCUCUGGGCCUUACUAUUGUCUAAUCAAUUUGUAAUCGCUACGGAAAUCUAAUGGGCAAGUGGUUUUGCUAA